CACAACAUUGGGUCUACAUGCGUUUAAAUAGGAGAGCAUCAAAGUUCAUACACCCUGUACAUCGUGGCCCGCAUCGUGGUUUGCCAUUCACAGAAUCAGGAUCUUAACUACACGGAAUUGAAUAGUAAGUUUAUUGUUGCUAAUUGAUAUGCUGAUCAAUUUUAGCGCUGCAAUCUUCCCAUUUUAAAGAAGCUUCAAUGAGCGUGAGUCAUUGCAGAAUCGUGUCCCGCUGAUCUGCCAUAGCGCAGCGCAGCAUUGCGGCGGAAAGAAGCAGAACGGAUUAGUUCUCCUGUAAUCCGACGAUUUAGGCUCCUCCUCCUUUUCAACUCUGUCAAGGAGGUUGGGCUAAAAUCGUCAGCUAUUCCACAUGCAGGAAUGGCUGCGAACGCCAGCGAUAAUAAAAAUAUGGUCCCUUAUACAGUGCGUCCCCCAAAAAACUAUACACUUUGAAAUGGCCGCCAUAUAAAAAGUGUAGUACUUUUGGGAAAAGACUUCUAGAUAUGGAAAGCCAAUAAAGUAAACUUUCAUAUGACACCAAAAAGUUGGAAAAUUAUUCAUGCUUGAGCGAGCACUGCCCAGUGAAACAAAGGGUAUGAAAAUUAGGGUGGGCCGGAAUAAGCCUUCCAUUUUCUUUCAAGUUUUUUUUGUUGGUACUUGCAAAGUUGAGGGUUAUUUGGUGAAUUAAAGAUCAGUUGGGAUCAGUUUGUUGUUUGUGAAAAUUUAAUGCGUUAUUUAAUUGAUGCAUGAGUGAUCAUGAAUUGCAAUUUUUAGUGCAGCAUUUUGUCUUUAUCAUGUGGAUAUCAACAAUGUGUCCAUGACAGUCAGGAGAAGAGGGGGUAAGAUAGGACUGAAGUAGGUGAAGUACGUUGAUGGGAUAAAGGUCAACAGAACGUUAAGCAACCCCUCUCUCCAUCUCAACCCCCCCCCCCCCGUUUCUCUCCUCUUGAGAGACAAAGCUCGGCUAGGCUGGGCAGGAAUUAGCCUUACUUUUUUUUUGAGUGGUUAGUCCUAGCUUUGGAACUUGCUAAGCUAAAUUAAUGAGUGAGAUAUGUUUUGGUUUCUUAGGCAGAUUUCAUGAGUUACUAAAUUAAAAUUUAGUGCAUGAGUGAACAGUAAAUGUAAUUUUAGUGUAGCACAUUCAUCUUGUGGACCUCAGAAGUGUGUUAGUGAGAGUCAGAGUAAUGUGAUGGUACUUGUUUCAAGCAAGAGGGUGAGAUAUGCUAAGACUUGGUUAAAACGGCAUUCCUCUUUUUGUCCUUUUACAAAUUAAAAGUCAUAUGUGCCCUCCCCUCUCUCACGGUCUCACUUCCUGGAUUGUAGCUUAUUCAAAACUUAACUGCCAAGUGUCCGAUGGCUGAUGGUCAGGUUUUUCUAUUGAAUGAUUACCAAGAAAUUUAAUGAUUAUGAUGAUUAAUUGAAUAAUUUAUUGAAAAAACUGAAUGUUUGAUUGAUCACAUUGCACAUUGAAUGGACUUCACGCGUACAUGACAAUUGCCAUCAGUCUCUCAACAGGAGGGGAGGGAGUGGGCGGGGGCUGAAUGUUCUGUUGACCCUUAUUCCAUCAACCUACUUCUUCCAAUUUUUAAGUCUAUCUCACCCCCUAUUCUCCUGACUCCCAUGAACACAUUGCUGAGAUCCACAUGAUAAAGUUGAAAUGCUGCCCAAAAAGAGAUCCAAAUGAUAAAGUUGAAAUGCUGCCCAAAAAGUGUAAUUUGUGUUCACUAAUGCAUUAAAUUUUAAUUCAAUAAUUUACAAAAUUUGCUUAAGCAACCCAAACUGGUCACGGUUGAUCAUUAAUUUAUGACAACGCCCUUAACUUUGCAAGUUUGAACGGAUUUGCCUCUCCAAAACUGACAUAAAUUGGAAGGCUAAUUCCAGCCCACCCUAAUUUUCAUACCCUUUGUUUCAGUGGGCAGUGGUCGCUCAAGCAUAAAUAUUUUUCCAACUUUUUGGUGUCAUUUGAAAGUUGACUUUAUUGGCAUUCCAUAUAUGUAAGUCUUUUUCCCCAAAGUGCUACAUUUUUUAUUUAGCAGCCAUUUCAAAAGUGUAUAGUAGUUUUCAAAGUCAGCACUGCUGCUAUAUUGAAUUGCGCAAUGCAGGUGAGACUGCCAGAGGCACUCCACUUGUUGAAGUAUUGCAGUCAGUUGAUAGUAAUUCAAUCUGUGUAUUUCACUUUUUUAUUCACUGAAAUUAAGAAAUGGCAGGCAAAAAUGUUAAAUUUGUUGAAUUUGGUCCAACUGUUCUGAGUUUUUCUACAAUUUGUGCACUAAGCCUUGAUUUAGCAACAUGUUUGAAAACAUUUUCUCAAUUUUACUGUGUUCAUCUCUUUUCAGGUGGAGGAUUCAAUACCGCCAGAAUCUUUGCCAAGAAGCUGAUGGUGUUCGUCUGUAGGUACCAACAAUCCACCAUUGACUAUACCACAUCGCAGCUGAUGAAAUCAUUGUGUGCUACUUCACCCCCUUCCAAACAUGUCAGCAGCUAUUUUGCUCCCAAAGCAGAUGAUGACUUUGUGGGUCAGUCUGUAACCGAGUCAGCCCGCAGGAAGAGGAAUAAGUUGAAGAAAUUUGCCAAAAGAACAAAGACAGAGGCUACUGGAUUGAAAGAGUAAAAAGUUCUCUGUGAUGAUGUGAUAGAAUCUGUUGAAGAGGCAAAGAAUGAUCAGGAUAAACAUGAACAUAAAAUGGCUCUGCAGUCAUCAUCAUCUGAUGAGCUUAUGAUACCAAGCUUUCUUUAUAGCAAGGCAACACAUUCAACUAAGAUGAAAGAGUUGCCGCUGUCCAGUAGUAGUAGGCAGAACAAACUCAAUUCCCCAGGGAUGAAGGAUAAUGUUAUAGUCAUCUCCGAUGAUAGUUCAUCUGGAGAUGAUGAAGCCCUGAGUCACCACAACGACAACACCGUCUGUUUACCAAACGUCAGGCUGGUGAAAGAGUUGAAGAUCAAUGACAUGGUGUUAAGGACUCAUCGAAACAGGCGGUAUUUAAACGAAGUCUUUCUAGGCCAGAGAGCUUGUGAAAGGCACCAAUGUUACAAGAGAGGUGGGCCACAGAGAAUUGGAAUGGGGAGUAGCGUUAGACUGGGACCAUUCUCAGAAGAUCAGAUGGAUGCAGUCAUGGGGGAACUGGUCAAGAUUUACUGCAACAAGCACAUUAAGUAUCUUGAUUAUGUAUCUAAAGUUCUUGUACCAGAGGCCAUGACAAAAAUAUACAUGGAUGUGCAUGGGGUUAGCCACACCCAUGCUGAAGAGGUCAUGAGAGGGGUGAAAAAGGAGUAUCCAAGGUCUUCUAGCUUAUCCAUCUAAAGUUCUACAUGAGACUAUCGUUAAUGUAUGGUCACAAAUACCUACGGACAGCAGAUGAACAAUUAUUGUCUCACCUUUUUGAAAUGACAGCAUAACUUCAAAAGUAUAUGGACCUAGUUCAUGAAACUUGGCCAUAAGGUUAAUCAAGUAUUACUGAAUAUCCUGCCUGAGUUUCAGGUCACAUGAGCAAAGGUCAAAGGUCAUCUAGUGUCAAUGAACUUAGACCAUUUUGGGGGAGUCAACAUCAAAAUCUUAACUUAGGGUUAUGUCUUUGAAAUGUCAUCAUAACUUAAAGAUAUAUGAACCUAGUCAUGAAACUUGGCCGUAAGGUCAAUCAAGUAUUACUGAAUAUUUUGUUAUGAGUUUCAGGUCACAUGAACAAGAUCAAAGGUCAUUCAGGGUCAAUGAACUUUGGCCAAGUUGGGGGUAUUUGUUAAAUUACCAUUAUAAGUUUGAAAGCUUAUUGGUCUAGUUCAUAAAACUUGGACAUAAAAGUAAUCAAGUAUCACUGAACAUCCCUGAAUUUUUAGGUCACAUGACCAAGGUCAAAGGUCAAUCAACUUUGGCCAUGUUUGAGGAUAUCUGUUGAAUUACCAUCAUAACUUUGAAAGUUUAUGGAUCUGAUUCAUGACAUUUAGACAUAAGAGUAAAUCAAGGAUCACUGAACAUCCUAUACGAGUUUCAGGUCACAAGAUCAAGGUCAAAGGUAAUUCAAGGUCGGUAAAACUUUAGCCAUGUUGGGGGGUAUCUGUUCAAUUGCCAUCAUAACUCUGUAAGUGUAUUGGUCUAGUUCAUAAAACUGGGAUGUCUUAAAAGUAAUAUCACUGAACAUCCUGUGCAAAUUUCAGGUCACAUGAACAAGGUCAAUGGACUUUGGCCAAGGGUAUUUGUUGAAUAACUAUCAUAACUAAAAAUGUAUGGAUCUAGUUCAUAAGACUUGGACAUAAGAGUAAUCAAGUAUAAUUGAACAUCUCAUUCAAGUUUCAGGUCACAUGACCAGAGUCAAAGGUUAUUUGAACUUUGGCCAUUUUGGAGGUAAUUAUUAUAAACUUUUUAAGUUUAUAGAUAUAGUUUAUAAAAUGUGGAUAUACAUGUAGGGAUAAUCAAGUAUCACAAGUCUUAGGUCACAUGGUCAAGGUCAAUGUCAUUUAUUGUCAAUGAACGUAGUAUUGUUUCAUUAUAUAAAUGUUUUUUUUUUGUGAAUAAUUAUUUUUUAGUAGUUUUAAAAGUCAACAUUUCUGCUAUAUUGAAUCGUGUGAUGCAGGCGAGACUGCCAGAGGCGCUCAACUUGUUUAGUAUAGAAUCAUUUGUACUAUACGGUGUUCGUACAGGUAUCAGUGACCGUAGCACAAAAUUUAUGUUAUUUAUACAACAGAGACUUGGUAGAGUGUUUAGUGAAGCACUUUUUUUCACUGACUAAUUAAUUCUGAACCAAUCAGAUACAAGGAUUUUAGGGUCUUAAAACAGUAGUCAGUGAAAUUCAUAUUUUGACUAUUUAUUUCAUGAAAUGCUCCCCGGGAGUAUGAAGUGCCAAAAUGCAAACCAAAGAGGCUUUUUGUAUGUGUGUGAAUAAAAACUUCCAUUUUUCAAUUAUUUUUGUAACCUUAUGAUUAGCUUUCGGAAAGAUUCCUUGCAUUUUGUCUGAUUUAGCCCGAGUCUGGAAAUAUUUGAAACAUUAUUUGUGCAAUAAGUACAUAUAUAAGUUUAUUAUAUCUAGUUAAGUAUAUUUAAAAAGAGGUUGGAUUAAAAAAAGUUGUUUGGUCUUUCUUUAAAGCAUUCUUUGAUUCUUUAGAUGUAUAAUGUGGAAUUAGCCCAAGUCUGGCCACACAUGAAAUGUUUUUAUGUGUGCAAAAGCUUACAAUUAUUAGUUUAUUAUUUGUAAUUAUGGCUAUUAAAGUUUAUAUAUUUUUGGAAAGUUGUUUUGCCUUUUAAUACUUAAGACAUUUUUUGUCUCUUUAGAUUUAUAAUGUGGAAGUGUUUGGCCCAAAGUGAUCAUUAGCGUUUGAAGUAAAAUGUAUUAUAUAAUCAGUGAAAUAUAUAUAUUUUUCUUUUUCAUAAACUAUUAGACCAGAUGGGAGGAAUUCAUCGUUAUUAUUGCUUUUUAGUACCACUUGGUACAUUUUUGUCUCACCUGCAUAGCAGAGUGAGAAAAUAGGCACUGCUUUUCCGACGGCGGUGGCGAUUGCGUGUGCAGCGUCAACAUCAUAUCUUUACCCAAAGGUUAAGUUUUUGAAAUGACAGCAUAACUUAGAAAGUAUAUGGACUCAGUUUAUGAAACUUGGAUAUAAGUUUAAUCUAGUAUCACUGAACGUCCUGUGCGAGUUUCAGGUCACAUGACCAAGGUCAAACUUCAAUUAAGAUCAAUGAACUUUGGCCAAGUUGGGGGUAUUUGUUGAAUAGCUAUCAUAACUCUGAAAAUGUAUGAAUCUAAUUCAUAAAACUUGGACAUAAGAGUAAUCAACUAUAACUGAACAUCUCAUGCGAGUUUCAGGUCACACAAUAAAAGUCAAAGGUUAUUUAAGUUCAUUGAACUUUGGCCAUUUUGGAGGUAAUUAUUAGAUUGCUGCCAUAUCUUUCAAAGUUUAUAAGAUGUGGAUAUAGGGGUAAUCAAGUAUCACAAGUCUUAGGUCGCAUGAUCAAGGGCAAAUGUCUUUUAUUGUCAAUGAACGUAUUAUUGUAUCAUUAUAUAAAUGGUGUUUUUGUGAAUGAUUAUUUUAUAGUAGUUUUGAAAGUUAGCACUCCUGCUAUAUUGAAUCGUGUGAUGCAGGUGAGACUGCCAGAGGCGCUCAAGUUGUUUAGUAUAGAAUCAUUUGUACUAUACGGUGUUCAUACAGGAAUCAGUGACCGUAGCACACAAUUUAUGUUAUACAACAGAGCCUUGGUGGAGUAUUUAGUGAAGCACUUGCCAGUGGUUUUCACUGACUAAUUCAUUCUGAACCAAUCAGAUACAAGGAUUUAAGGAACUUAGAACAGUAGUCAGUGAAAGGUCAUAUUUUUUUCAUAUUAUAUUAUGAAAUUCAUAUAUUUAUUUCAUAAAAUGCUCCCCGGGAGUAUGAAGUGCCAAAAUGCAAACCAAAGAGGCUUUUUGUAUGUGUGUGAAUAAAAACUUCCAUAUUUCAAUUAUUUUUGUAACCUUAUGAUUAGCUUUCGGAAAGAUUCCUUGCAUUUUGUCUGAUUUAGCCCGAGUCUGGAAAUAUUUGAAACAUUAUUUGUGCAAUAAGUACAUAUAUAAGUUUAUUAUAUCUAGUUAAGUAUAUUUAAAAAGAGGUUGGAUUUAAAAAAAGUUGUUUGGUUUUUCUUUAAAGCAUUCUUUGUUUCUUUAGAUGUAUAAUGUGGAAUUAGCCCGAGUCUGGCCACACAUGAAAUAUUUUGAUGUGUGCAAAAGCUUACAGUUAUUAGUUUAUUAUGUGUAUGUAAGUAUGGAUAUUAAAUUAUAUAUAUUUUUGGAAAGUUGUUUUGCCUUUUAAUACUUCAGACAUUUUUUGUCUCUUUAGAUUUAUAAUGUGGAAGUGUUUGGUGUUUGGCCUAAAGUGAUCAUUAGUAUUUGAAGUAAAAUGUAUUAUAUAAUCAGUGAAAUAUAUAUAUUUUUCUUUUUCAUAAACUAUUAGACCAGAUGGGAGGAAUUCAUCGUUACUAUUGCUUUUUAGUACCACUUAGUACAUUUUUGUCUCACCUGCAUAGCAGAGUGAGAAAAUAGGCACUGCUUUUCCGACGGGGGUGGCGAUUGCGUGUGCAGCGUCAACAUCAAAUCUUUACCCAAAGGUUAAGUUUUUGAAAUGACAGCAUAACUUAGAAAGUAUAUGGACCUAGUUUAUGAAACUUGGAUAUAAGUUUAAUCUAGUAUCACUGAACGUCCUGUGCGAGUUUCAGGUCACAUGACCAAGGUCAAAUUUAAAUUAAGAUCAAUGAACUUUGGCCAACUUGGGGGUAUUUGUUGAAUAGCUAUCAUAACUCUGAAAUUGUACGAAUCUAAUUCAUAAAACUUGGACAUACGAGUAAUCAACUAUAACUGAACAUCUCAUGCGAGUUUCAGGUCACACAAUAAAAGUCAAAGGUUAUUUAAGUUCAUUGAACUUUGGCCAUUUUGGAGGUAAUUAUUAGAUUGCUGCCAUAUCUUUCAAAGUUUAUAAGAUGUGGAUAUAGGGGUAAUCAAGUAUCACAAGUCUUAGGUCGCAUGAUCAAGGGCAAAUGUCUUUUAUCGUCAAUGAACGUAUUAUUGUAUCAUUAUAUAAAUGGUGUUUUUGUGAAUGAUUAUUUUAUAGUAGUUUUGAAAGUUAGCACUCCUGCUAUAUUGAAUCGUGUGAUGCAGGUGAGACUGCCAGAGGCGCUCAAGUUGUUUAGUAUAGAAUCAUUUGUACUAUACGGUGUUCAUACAGGAAUCAGUGACCGUAGCACACAAUUUAUGUUAUACAACAGAGCCUUGGUGGAGUAUUUAGUGAAGCACUUGCCAGUGGUUUUCACUGACUAAUUCAUUCUGAACCAAUCAGAUACAAGGAUUUCAGGAACUUAGAACAGUAGUCAGUGAAAGGUCAUAUUUUUUUCAUAUUAUAUUAUGAAAUUCAUAUAUUUAUUUCAUAAAAUGCUCCCCGGGAGUAUGAAGUGCCAAAAUGCAAACCAAAGAGGCUUUUUGUAUGUGUGUGAAUAAAAACUUCCAUAUUUCAAUUAUUUUUGUAACCUUAUGAUUAGCUUUCGGAAAGAUUCCUUGCAUUUUGUCUGAUUUAGCCCAAGUCUGGAAAUAUUUGAAACAUUAUUUGUGCAAUAAGUACAUAUAUAAGUUUAUUAUAUCUAGUUAAGUAUAUUUAAAAAGAGGUUGGAUUUAAAAAAAGUUGUUUGGUUUUUCUUUAAAGCAUUCUUUGUUUCUUUAGAUGUAUAAUGUGGAAUUAGCCCGAGUCUGGCCACACAUGAAAUAUUUUGAUGUGUGCAAAAGCUUACAAUUAUUAGUUUAUUAUUUGUAUGUAAGUAUGGAUAUUAAAGUUCAUAUAUUCUUUGAAA